AUGUGGGGAGGAGGUUUCCCGAUGUCCGUCACCGCGAUUGUGACUCUACUCCUGGUUAUUAUCGACGUGAAAGCCAGUGGGGAGUAUUGCCACGGUUGGCACGACUCCCAGGGCGCGUGGAAAGAAGGCUUCCAGUGUCCGGAGAAGAUCGACGGUGAGGACGCGAUCAUCUGCUGCGGGAAAUGCGAGCUGCGCUACUGCUGCUCCAGCACCGAGGCACGGCUGGAUCAAGGGAGCUGCGAUAACGACCGGCAGGCUAAGGAGCCCGGCACAGAGAGCAAGGAGAACAAGGACUCCGGUGCAGUGCCCAUCUACGUGCCGUUCCUGAUUGUGGGCUCUGUGUUUGUAGCGUUCAUCCUGGUGGGCUCGGUGGUCGCCGUGUGCUGCUGCCGCUGCCUCCGCCCCAAACAGGAACUGUCAUCAGGAGGUGGUCCAGGCGGUGGCCGUCUCCUGGAAACCAUCCCGAUGAUGUCCAGUGUGGGGACCUCCAGGGGUUCAUCGUCGCGCCAGUCUAGUACAGCCACCUCUUCCAGCUCCUCUGCCCCGCCCGCUGCCCCCCGCCCUGCUCCCCCAGUUCUCAUGCGGGCUCAGGCCUCCUGCUGCUUGCCCCCUGAUGCCAGCGUCUUCGUCAACAUGCCCACUAACUUCUCCGUACUCAACUGCCAGCAGGCCACGCAAAUCAUGCCUCACCAGGGACAGUUUCUUCACCCGCAAUACAUCAGCUACGCCCACCCUGGCCCAACCUACCUGGACCCCACUCAGGGAGGAUACAGACCUCUCCAGUCUCCCUGCCCCCCUCCCGCCGGUGGGUCCAGUGUCAUUGGUGACCAGAAAUACCCGGCAGUGACUGUAUGA